CCAAAAUAUUGCGUGGCACAACUGAAACAUUAGGCAUUAAGCACACACCUUCCUUCCCCAUCUGCUCCACCAUAGUCCGAACUCGGAUUGUGGCUCAGCUCACACGGAAUCAAUCGGGUACCCGAUUUCAACAUUUCCGUAAAUAAAUAACCCCACCUAGACGAUCUCCGAUCAGAAACCUGAAUUCGGUUCUGUUUGAGAGUUAACUCAGGAACAAGAGGAUGCAAGCAUUACGUGCCAGAGUAUCAUAAUCAGAUCUGAAUUGAACUUAAUUUUCACCAAUACUAUCAUUUUAUUGGACUUUCAUUGGAGAGGAUUGAUGGCGUCUAGGAACAGGACAAUCUUGUACAAGAAGUACAGAGAUGCGUUAAAGAGUGUGCGAGUUCCGGCUGGAUCGUCGCAAUCGAGCUCCAGCGGCGGCGGUCCAGUAAUUGAAUUAUCAUCGACUUCAUUACUUAACCCAAAUCGCUCUUACGCUCCUCUCAGCACAGAAGAUCCUGGAACUUCCAGUAGUGGUCUGGUUACAGUAGGUUUACCACCUGCAUGGGUGGAUGUAUCUGAAGAAAUAGCUGCUAAUGUGCAACGAGUGAGAACAAAAAUGGCUGAGCUAGCAAAGGCUCAUGCGAAGGCCUUAAUGCCAUCAUUUGGAGAUGGUAAAGAGGAUCAACAUCGGAUUGAAGGUCUUACCCAUCAAAUAACUGGUUUGUUGAAGACAUCAGAAAAAAUGUUACACCGGCUAUCCAGGGCAGGACCUUCUGAAGACUCAAAUGUCCGGAAAAAUGUGCAGCGCUCUCUCGCAACAGAUCUUCAAAAUCUGUCAAUGGAAUUUCGCAGGAAACAGUCUACUUAUUUGAAACAACUACGUCAACAAAAAGAGGCUCCAGAUGGUGUUGAUUUGGAGAUGAAUUUUAGUGAAAGUCACGAUGAUAUGGAUGAAUUUGGAUUUAAUGAGCAUCAAAUGUCAAAAUUAAAAAAAAGUGAGGCAUUCACAGCAGAAAGGGAGAGGGAAAUACAACAGGUUGUAGAAUCAGUUAAUGAACUUGCCCAAAUUAUGAAGGACUUGUCAGUUCUAGUGAUUGACCAGGGCUCCAUCGUGGACAGGAUAGAUCAUAAUGUUCAGAAUGUUGCUGCGACAGUUGAGGAUGGUCUCAAACAGUUGCAAAAGGCAGAGAGAAGCCAGAAGAAAGGAGGGAUGGUUAUGUGUGCCACAGUGCUAGUCAUUAUGUGUUUUGUAAUGCUAGUCCUUUUAAUUUUGAAGACAAUACUUUUCUAAUCUGUUAUAAAAUGGUUCUUAUAUUCUUUUUACCUUCAUCUUGUACCGCGCCAGAGUAUUUACCCACUUAACGUGUGGCCAAUAGAAGAACUUCAAAUUUUUGUUCCUUCAUCAGUUACUUAUUCUACUGCCCCUUGUUAUCAGGGGAAGAUAUUGUGUUGAGCUGAUUAAUACAGCUCAAGAGGCCUUUGUAUAGAAGAGAAUUAAAGUGUAAUAUGUUGAAUAUUUUUUGGUAGCAAGGCAUGAUAGUAUAUAUUUCUAUUGAUUCUUUUAUCUCGUAGGGUUUUUGCUACUCUAAAACAUUAUCAAGUUUGGAGAUGUUGGCUGUUGUUUAUUACUCUUGAAGAAAUUCAUAUUUCACGUCCU